UAAUAGAAAACUGCUUUCGGUUUUUCUCUGGCGCCAAGGGAACUGUACAACUUUUCUCUUUAGGUUAAACGAGUUCGGUUAAACAUCUAAAUUUUACGAUUGCAUGUUAGAUGCGGUAUAUUAAGCGUUAAAAAGUACCUGGCUGAUCGGCAUUUCAUUUUAAUUCGCGGUUCAAGGUCUGUUAUCAGACACGAUGAGCAGCUUUGAGGCCCAGUUUGUGGAUGGCCACUUCGCUGAGCUUGUUCAGAGGGUUACCUCAGUGAUGGCAAUAGCAGAUGAACUAAAGAAUAAGAAAAUGAUACAUAAUGAAAAAUAUUCAGAGAUUAGAGCAGAACAAACAGACCAGGGCAAAAUGAGAAAGCUCUUUGAAGCACUAAAUGCUGGAGGAGACAGAGUGAAAAAUGACUUCUAUUAUGCUCUGAGAAAUCAUGAACCAUACCUCUUCAAAGAGCUGGGAGGUGGUGAAGCGAUGGAUUACAUCGAUGGCCACCAGAACAACCAGCUACAGUUAAACUGAAGACCAAAGACCUCUGCAACCAAGACACGCAAACAGACAUCACUUGGAAAAUAAGAUGCAGCUGAAGAUGAAGAAAAUUCACACAUUUGAAAAUUGUCACCAGUUAUUCUCCCUAAUGUCACUGAAAACCCACCUUUUCCCAUAAUUACUUUGUGUUCAAUAUGAAUAUAUAUAUAUAUAUGUGUGUGUGUGUGUGUGUGUGUGUGUGUGACC